AUGCUACUCAGGAUAGUUUCUUUGUUAGCUUUAAUAUACCUACUGUUAUGUCAGACAAUACAUGAGUUUGAUGAAUCUGCUGAUUCGGAAGUGACUCGUUCAUAUCCUGAAUUCAGCUUCUAUCCAAAUCCAGCCCCCACUUUCGCGAAGUCGAAUCAGGCGCCUACUAGGACGUCAUAUUUUGCACCUCACUUUUCCGAUGUAAGCCAUUUACUUGGUAGCGUAUCUACAACAAGUUGGGGUAGUUGGAAUCCCUCAGCCACAUAUCAAGCAUCAGAUGUAAAUGAUCCUUAUGGACAGUACGCUUGGACCAAAAUGUGGGAAGAUGCUUCCAUCUGGAACUUCACUAACACUGCGAUUUAUUCCACGACAGUGGAACCCACAGCAAUCCCCACUGAAAGCUUGAUUUUACCUCCAAAAGAUGCAUUCCAAUUUCAAAACAAUCUAAAAUUCCCUAAAGACUUCAUUUUCGGCGUUGCAGGAUCUGCAGCACAGAUUGAAGGUGCAGUAGCAGAGGAGGGGCGCUCACCAACUAUAAUGGAGAAGCUUAUCACAGAUGAUAAGCCCCAAGAUUUUGUCACUAACGAAAAUUACUAUCUUUAUAAACAAGAUAUCAAGAGGUUAGCAUCUAUGGGUGUCAAAGCUUAUUCUUUUACGAUUCCUUGGACAAGAAUAUUACCUUUUGUCUUGCCAGGUACUCCCGUCAACAAGCAUGGAAUUGACCACUAUAAUGACAUUAUAAAUACAUGUUUGGAAAAUGGGAUUACGCCGAUUGCUACUUUGACUCAUUUUGACUCACCUUUAAUGUUUAAUGGAGGCCAACCUGUUUUAGGAGACUAUGAGCUAGGCAACUAUGGGGGAUAUGCUAACGAGACAUUUGUUGAUGCUUUUGUAAAUUACGGAAAAAUUGCCUUAGCCCUAUAUGCUGAUAGGGUUCCUGUUUGGAUUGGCUUCAAUGAACCUUAUGGUUAUACGGGUACACCUUUGGGAGUGAAAAAUGUCAUAGGGGCCACAGCAAGAUUGCACAAAUUUUACCAUGAGGAACUAAAAGGAAAAGGAAAAUUUGGAAUUAAAUUCAAUGAUAAUUUUGGCAUUCCCAGAGAUCCUGAAAAUCUGGAUGAUGUCGCGGCUGCUACCAGAUUUCAAGAAUUCCAGUUAGGGAGCUUUAGUAAUCCCUUAUUCCUAGGGAAGGACUAUCCGGAAUCUUGGAAGACCACAUUUACUAAUGAGACUGACUACUUUUUCACUCUGGAGGAAUUGGAGGAAGUUUCUUUUGGAUCAGAUUUCUUAGGAAUUGAUCCUUAUACCUAUACCGUAGUAACCCUGCCGGAGGGAGGCAUUGACGCAUGUGCGGCUAAUCCGUCUCACGAACUUUGGCCGCUCUGCGUAAAUCAGUCUCAAACACGAGAAGACGGGUGGAAGAUAGGUUAUAGGUCUCAAUCAUACGUUUAUAUCACCCCUGUUCAGUUACGAGAAUAUUUAAAUUUUCUUUGGGAUUCCUAUCGGGCACCUGUAUUUGUUUCUGAGUUUGGAUAUCCAGAAUGGAGGGAGGCAGAAAAAGAGUUAGGUGAUCAACUUUUCGAUCUCAACAGGUCCAUCUACUAUCGAUCAUUCUUGGAAGCGAUUUUGAAAGCAAUUCAUUAUGAUAAGGUCAAUGUUAUGGGCGCUUUGGCGUGGUCGUUUGCCGAUAACUGGGAGUUCGGUGACUAUGAGCAACAGUUUGGUUUACAAGUUGUCAAUCGAACCACGCAAGAGAGGUUUUUCAAAAAGAGCUUUUUUGAUAUUAUACAAUAUUUCGAAGAACGAAGUUCUAAUGAACAUUGA